AUGGCGAACGCCAGCCGGAGUUUAGACCAAACGUCUGAAAGCACAAGCGGAGAAGAUUACGACGAUGAGCAGCGGCGGCGGCAACGAAGGCGACCGUCCGUGUCGGUGCGCCUAUGCCGCGCGCCAAAGCAAGCUCACGUCUAUGACAGCUCAGCCAUAGACACGCCAGAGAUCGUGCCAACGGAUGGGGGCGCCAGCGCUGACUCGACCGACGCGGACUACAUGCAUCCUUUGGGCACAUCCAGAUCCGAUUCUUCGGGUGAAAAGAUCAAGAAGACGUAUGUCAUCGCUUCGGACGACACCGAGCUGAGGGAGAUUUUGAAGCGGGGGCUAGAACGCGAAAAAGAGAAGAGACAGCCGUCUCGCGGUAGGGAAAAGCUUCGAGAUAUGGUUUUCACUCGGCAGUUUUCGACGUUCGACAGGCAGAACCAAGAUGCGGCCAAGAGCCUGUUUCACGGCUUCUACGUGCUGUUUUGGAUUUCGGUUUCAUUUUCCAUUGUCAAGAUGGCGACUGACAAUUGGAGGAAGACGGGGAGUCCACUGGGGACUAACGAGAUUAUGAAGUCGAUGUUUCGGAGAGAUGUCGCUGUGCUAUUUGCAUCAGACGGUGUCAUGUGUGGUAUAACCGGCUUAGGCUGGAUACUGCAGAGACUCGUACUUAAAGGCUGGAUCCACUGGGGUAGGACGGGUUGGAUUAUACAAAAUAUAUGGCAAACAAUCUUCAUCGGCGGAGUCGUCGGCCUCACCUUGAUAAGAGAUUGGCCAUGGACGCAUACCGUAUUUUUCGUGUUACACGGAAUUGUCAUGUUGAUGAAGCAACACUCUUACGCAUUCUACAACGGCUACCUCUCCACCGUCUUUAAAAAACACCAACAACUUCUGUCAAGGUUAAAGCAGCUGGAUAAUAUCUCACCAGUCACUUCCCCCUCCACAACGAAGCCCCCCCCUUCGGAUCUUUCCGUCUCUCAUCUGUCCCAUCGCCCCUCAGCCGCCGAGUACCGAGACCGCCGCCUGUCCGUCUCCAAAAACGUCAGCGACGGCGACUUGGAGCAAAUCUCCCACGCCAUUGACUCGGGGUCACCCCUCGACAUGGACCAAGUCCAAGUCUUCGAACGCAUCAUCAAGUGGGAGAUCGACGCCCUGACGGAAGAGCUGAAAGGCAAAGCCACGAAUCCGACGCACUUCUACCCGCGCAACCUGACCUUUUUGAACCACUACGAGUACAUCGUCUUGCCCACCGUGGUCUACGAGCUCGAGUACCCCCGCUCUGAUAGUAUCAACUGGCUGUAUGUGGCCGAGAAGGGCACCGCAGCCCUUGGCGUCGUAUUCGUAAUGAUCAUGGUUUCCCAGAGUUUUAUAUACCCCGUUGUUAUGCGAGCUGUCAUGAUGAAGGAAAAUGGGUGGUCUACGGCCGCGCGGUUCAGGGAGUUUCCCUGGAUUUUGAGCGAUUUGGUGUUUCCAUUUAUGCUGGAGUAUUUGCUUGCCUGGUACCUCAUCUGGGAAACGGUCCUCAACUUCCUGGCAGAGCUUACGCGUUUCGCGGACCGAAGCUUUUACGAUGCUUGGUGGAAUUCCGUAUCCUGGGACCAAUUCGCCCGCGACUGGAACCGCCCCGUGCACAACUUCCUGCUGCGGCACGUCUACCACAGCUCCAUUUCGUCCAUGCGCGUUAACAAGCACACGGCGACCCUCAUCACGUUCUUUCUGUCCGCCUGUAUCCACGAGCUCGUCAUGUGGUGCAUUUUCAAGAAGCUUCGCGGAUACCUAUUAAUGCUGCAGAUGUGCCAGCUUCCGCUCGUGAGGCUGAGUCGUACCAGGUGGCUCAAGAAUCAGAAGACGUUGGGAAAUAUGAUUUUCUGGGUGGGUAUUUUCACGGGACCGAGUUUGUUGUGUAGUUUGUACUUGAUUCUUUGA